AUGAAUGACGAAGGCAAGAAGCUCUGCUACGAUAAUUUCACGGAGAAACAGUUGUCUGUGAUCAUUCCUGUAAGAUUGGAGAUGUCUAUUGUUUUGUUUUUCUUGCCAUUGAGUAUUACAACAUUCUGUUAUGCAUCUUGUAUACGAAUUCUCAUGAGGUCUUGCAUGCAUGCCAAACACAAGAAGAAAGCAGUCCGUGUUGCAGUAACCACCUGGACAGUCUUCAUUGUGUGUUUUGCCCCAUACAAUAUUUCACACGUGGUAGGAUUUGUAAAAAAUGAGAGUGUUGAAUGGAGAAGAUUAGCUCUCCUUCCCAGCACAUGCAACGCAUUUAUAGAUCCUCUCAUCUUCUACUUUUUGUCUUCUUCUGUGGAUCAAGGCUUCUACAAAGUUUGGAAGACGUUGCAGUUUAAGUACAAUGUUUCAAAGCGGAAACUUUCAUCUGUGUUCAUGAAGGAGCAGAAGGACAAUUCAAGAGUAUGUUCUGUAAAAACAAUUUCAGCGACAUUAUGA